GCAAGCAUGAAAUAUAUUAGACCUGUUGUGUAGUAACACUGGAACUUACUGAUGUGUCUAAUGUAACGAGUGUUUUCUUCUUAGACAACACUGCUAAAGGGAUAAAACAUGUUUUACAUCAGCACAUUAUUGCCGAUGUUACUAUCAGCUGCUGUGGCUUCAUUGUCAGUUUUAUACCACCCUAAAAGCAUAUGUGUAUUGGAAAGAUCAUCUGUGGAUUUCAGCUGCACCUUUGAUUAUCCACUUUAUUCUACACUUAAAACAACAAGAUGGUUCAAGCCAUUAUCUAAUCAGAAACAAGACGGAACACAGUUUGGAAUAUCUGUCUAUCACUCAAAUACAGCAGAGAUUCACCAGCUGUACAAAAACAGAACAGCUUAUGCAAACCAAGACAGAAACUGCUCGCUGCAGAUACACAAUGUCUCCAAAAGUGACAACGGAAUGUAUUUCUUUCGCUUGGAAUAUGAUCACGGAAAAUACACUGGACCAUGGGGCAUAAACCUCAGCGUAGCAGUUCUACCUUUUAGAGUAACAGUGAAAACGCAAAAGAAGAAUGGACACAUUCAUGAAGGAGACUCUGUGACACUGACAUGCGGCACAGAAAACUGUACCCCAAAAAAAGAGCCGUUUGCCUGGUUUAAAAAUCAACGUCUGAUUCCAGAAGCCACUGAUAAUGUGUUCCACAUCGCUUCUGUCUCUCACCAUGAUUUUGGCAACUACUCCUGCGGUCUGAAGACGAGCAGCUCAACUUCAACAGAUGAAAUACUGCUUGACGUAAAAUAUAUCCCAAAGAAUGUUGAAAUAGCUGUUUUUCCAUCUGGAAAGAAACGAGAAGGGAACUCACUGACUCUGAUCUGCAUGAACAAUGCCAAUCCUUCAGUGACAAACUACAGUUGGUUUCUGAUCAAAGAAGCAAAGGUCUCUCAUAUAGGACUUGAUCGUGAAUUCUACAUCAAAUCUGCCAGUCAGAAGGAUAAUGGACAAUACUUCUGCAUUGCUAAAAAUGACAUGGGUUCUCAAAACUCUUCAGUCAUAGCAUUGAAUGUUGAAGUGUCCGUUCAUCAAAAUGUCUUGCUGACUGCAACAGCUGUGUUUCUGUUUCUAAUGGCUGUUGUCAUUUUUGGUCUCAUUAUUUGGAGGAUACAGUUUACGUCAAAGAAGCAUCCCACAGAACAGACACCUGCAGCCACUGUCACAGAGGAGAUCUACGAGAACCUGAGAAAAUCACAAGAGUCUGAGGGAAAAUAUUACACAAGCGUGGUCUAUGCAGAUCUAAGUCUUCCUCCAGCCUCAGACAGACCACGUUGCAACAGUCAAGCGGCCGACACUGUGAUCAUCUACAGCCUUCUUAGCUACAACAAGUGAAUGAAUCUUAACACUGUGAAUAAUGAGAUUCAGCAAGCAGCUGUUGUUGAAAUUUCUCUCUUUUUAUUCAAAAGAAUUAAAUGUCUAUAGCUGCAAAUAAAUUUAUACAAUGUACAGAGAAGAUAAAAUAAAAUUAGUAAAUCUAUAUGUACAUCUUUUUGCAUGCAUCUGUAUUUACAUCCACAUUAAACAUCACUUGACCAAAAAAUUCAAACAUGGUGCAUUUAUGAAAUAAAUGAAAUGCAAUGUUGAAAAACAAGUUGGAACAAAUAAAAUGCACAGUUAUAUCUA